GAAAGAGGAAGGGGUUGGGAAAACCCUUUCUGAGGGUCAGAGAGAGGAUAUUUGAGGAAAAGACACACGAGUGCUCCAGUUUUCUAGAUUUUUAAAUCUUUAUUUACUGGAUAGAGACAGCCAAAAAUCAAGAGGCAAGGAGAUGAUAGAGAGAGACACCUGCAGCCCUGCUUCACCACUCGCAAGGCUUUCCCCCUGCAGGUGGGGACCAGGGGCUCGAACCUGGGUCCUUGCGCAUGUUAAAAUGUGCGUUCAACCAGGUGCGCCACCACCUGGCCCCCCUAUUUUCUAUAAAGAGGAGAAUGGGCCCAGUAUCUCAUUCGAAGGGCAGAAUGUCACGUGAGGGGCCAGGAAGAGACAUCUGACCAAGCGAUCUGACUCCAAGGUACAGGCAGGAGGAGGCAUGAGUUAGCAAAAUGUGGUAAAUCUCAAAACCACUACCUAGCUGACCCAGAUCUUUGAUGUCUGCUUAGAAGAACCCUAUCAAGUGUGAUUUUCCUCCUUAAUUGGAGGGUUAGGGAAAGGAUGAUCAAAUAAUUCUGGUCUCACAGCAUCCCUAAAUACCCCCUUUGCUAAUCAUCAUCCUUUGCUAAUGGUUACCGAAAUAUUCAGACUUAGUAAAUUUUUGGACUAUUUUCCCUAAUUUGUCAGCCUUAUAUCCAUUCUGUAUAUUAUUUUAUGCCUACUGACAAGAUGACGUUCUCGUCAGUCGUACUGUAACCACUUAUUCAUUUUCGUUUCAACAAAUACUGAGUAAUUGACAUAUUCAACUUCAUUAGCAGUCCCAGCUAUCUGACUUCAUGUGAAAGAUGGCUAAUGCAGAAGUAAGUGUCCCUGUGGGGGACGUGGUUGUGGUACCCACUGAAGGAAAUGAAGGGGAGAACCCUGAAGACACUAAAACCCAAGUGAUCUUGCAGUUACAGCCUGUGCAACAAGGUUUGUUUAUCGAUGGACACUUUUACAACAGGAUUUAUGAAGCUGGGUCGGAGAACAGCACAGCAGUUGUAGCAGUAGAAACUCACACCAUACAUAAAAUUGAAGAAGGGAUUGAUGCAAGCACUAUAGAAGCAAACGAGGAUAUGGAAAUUGCUUACCCUAUAACUUGUGGGGAAAGCAAAGCUAUUCUCCUUUGGAAGAAGUUUGUUUGUCCAGGAAUAAAUGUGAAAUGUGUCAAGUUCAAUGAUCAGUUGAUUAGUCCUAAGCAUUUUGUUCAUCUGGCUGGCAAGUCUACUCUAAAGGACUGGAAGAGAGCCAUUCGUCUGGGUGGAAUCAUGCUCAGGAAAAUGAUGGAUUCUGGACAGAUUGAUUUUUACCAGCAUGACAAAGUUUGCUCCAAUACCUGCAGAAGCACCAAAUUUGAUCUUCUGAUCAGCAGUGCAAGAGCUCCUGUGCCAGGACAGCAGACAAGUGUGGUGCAGACACCCACUUCGGCUGAUGGUAGCAUCACACAGAUUGCCAUAUCAGAAGAGAGCAUGGAAGAAGCCGGACUGGAAUGGAACUCAGCUCUCACUGCUGCUGUCACCAUGGCCACAGAGGAGGGUGUGAAGAAAGACUCAGAGGAAAUUUCAGAGGAUACUUUGAUGUUCUGGAAAGGAAUAGCUGAUGUUGGGCUGAUGGAAGAGGUUGUCUGCAAUAUACAGAAGGAAAUAGAGGAAUUACUCAGGGGAGUUCAGCAGCGGCUCAUACAGACUCCCUUCCAGGUCACAGAUGCUGCUGUUCUCAACAAUGUAGCCCAUACAUUUGGCCUAAUGGACACUGUCAAGAAGGUUUUGGACAACAGGAGGAGCCAAGUAGAGCAGGGAGAAGAGCAGUUUCUCUAUACUCUAGCAGAUUUGGAACGCCAGUUGGAAGAGCAGAAGAAGCAAGCUCAGGAUCAGAGGCUGAAAUCCCAGACAGUUCAAAAUGUAGUACUGAUGCCUGUGAGCACUCCUAAGCCUCCAAAACGACCUCGUCUCCAACGGCCAGCCUCGACUACUGUCCUGAGCCCUUCUCCUCCUGUCCAGCAGCCUCAGUUCACUGUCAUCUCACCCAUCACCAUCACCCCAGUGGGUCAGUCUUUUUCCAUGGGCAAUAUUCCAGUGGCCACCCUCAGCCAGGGCUCCAAUCCUGUGACUGUCCACACACUGCCUUCUGGCCCUCAGCUCUUCCGCUACGCCACGGUGGUCUCCUCUGCCAAGAGCAGCUCAUCAGACACAGUGACGCUCCACCCUUCAUCUAGCUUGGCACUGCUAAGCUCCACCGCUAUGCAGGAUGGGAGUACCCUGGGCAACAUGACCACCAUGGUAAGCCCUGUGGAAUUGGUGGCCAUGGAAUCUGGCCUGACCUCUGCAAUCCAAGCUGUUGAAAGUACCUCAGAGGAUGGACAGACCAUCAUUGAGAUCGACCCAGCCCCAGACCCAGAGGCUGAGGAUACUGAGGGCAAAGCAGUCAUUUUGGAGACAGAGCUGAGGACUGAAGAGAAAGUUGUGGCUGAGCUGGAAGACCACCAGCAUCAAGUCCACAAUGUAGAGAUCGUGGUCUUGGAGGACUAACUGGCAGUCUCGGGGCCAGGAGAUAUGUUUUGGUUUGGAUUUUAAUUAUUUGUUUAUUUUGUCAUUGUCUCACUCAUUUCCACAUAGGAUUUUUUUUU